AAUGACCUAAACUAACGUAUAUCAUCCUCGCGGAACAGUCGGCCGCAGACAGCUAGGCGGCAGGGAACCGGCACCACUACCUUCUUGCAGUAUGGAGCGGGGCUGGGUAUACGCAGAAGGGACCCUUCACUGCGACGGGCUCUCCCUGACGAGGCUACAGGCUUCCCUUCGUCAGGAGUAUGGCCACUUGGCGUCCCCGGCCUAUGUGUACUCAAAGGCCACCUUGCAUGAUAACGUCCGCCGGUACAAGAACGCCCUGGCUCCCAUGGGUACGCGUGGGGUAUUGUCCUACUCUCUGAAGGCCAACAACAACCCCAGGGUGGUGGAGACUCUUCGGGAGGCAGGGGUCACCAUGGCCACCGCCGUCAGCGGCAACGAGGUCCUCAUGGCCCUGCGGGCUGGCUUCCCAGCUCACCAAGUCAUCCUCAACGGUAACGGCAAACGAAGGUGGGAGAUAGAGCUGGCUGUGAGUCGUGGUGUUCUGCUUAACGUGGACUCUAUGUUUGACGCCCGGCAGCUUGUGGCUGUGUCACAAGAAAUGGGCGUGCGGGCGCGUGCCCUGGUGCGCCUCAACCCCGCCCUCGACGCCCACACUCAUCCCUUCCUAGCAACAGCCCUCGCGGACUCCAAGUUUGGGGUAGAGGCACAGCAGGUUCCUGAGGUUCUACAGGUGUUGAGAGAGGGCGGGACAAGCAGGAUGGUAGAGGUGGAGGGCGUGCAUGUCCACGUAGGCUCGGCAAUCACACGGGUUCAGGUCUACGCCCUGAUGAUGCAAGCGGCCGUCCGCACCCUCCAUCAGAUCUGUGAGAGUGGCUGGACAGAAGCGGCCGUGAUCAACCUGGGAGGGGGACUGAACGUUUCCCACGACCCACCCAACCCAGGCGACCAGGACAACAGGACGUUCUAUAACUCGUCCUCAGAACCUCAGUGUCCUCCAUCGCCUCCUGGUUCCGAACCCAAGCCCACGACGAAAUCCGAAUCCACAGAAAACAAGUCAAAUUUGCAAGAAACUACUCCGAUUUCGAAGGAAGAAACUACGCCACAACCAGAGGAGCUGGUAGAAGCAGUGCUACCAUACCUUCCUGACGGAGUAACCCUAGUGCUGGAACCUGGUCGCUCGCUCGUCGCCACUGCUGGUGUGGUAACCACAGAGGUGCUGGGGGUGAAGACCAACGGGGAGCGGGAGUUCCUGGUGGUGGACGCCGCCAUGACAGAGGUCAUCCGCCCCGCCCUCUACUCCGCCCACCACCCGCUCUGUUAUGUCUCCCCUCCCGCCCACCAGCCCGUGGUGGAGGUGGACGUGGUGGGACCUGUGUGCGAGAGUGGAGACUUUCUGGCCCGGCGGUGCCUUCUGCAGCGUCCCCCAGACAGUGGCGCCACCCUCGUCGUGUGGGCGGCAGGGGCAUACUGCUCCUCCAUGUCUUCCAACUACAACCUCCGCCCACACGCCCUCGAAGUUAUGGUUGACGGUCCCAGCAGCUACAAAAUCAUUCGUCGCCCUCAGGAGUUUGAAGACCUCGUCAGGGAGUGCUUGUGAUUGGCGCAGAGCAGCGUUGAUUGAUCAAGCAACGCUAGUUUAUAAAGUAUUGCAAUAUAAAU